UUGGAUGUAAAAAUCAUAUACAGCGGAGGACAGGAUAUGGAUGUUCUCCCUUGAGCAGCUGACAAGGGACAGCUCAUGAGGGAAGGCAGAGCUCCUCAGAAAGUUCUUGUGAUGCUGAGCUCUUUGCCGUCAAAGACGUUUCUGGAGUGAUCGUCGGGAAUGCGGUUGAAGAUCUUACGCAGUGGUACCUUGAUAAUGCCAAAGACAAUCCCAAGAUCUUUCGUGGCACUGAAAGAUGCGCUUCGGGAAUCUUACAAGCUAUCCGAGAGUUCAAGUUUGAUCCUUGUGUUUCGCCCAGGGAUGCCGACUUACUGAGCCAGCUCACUGCUGGUUGAUCGGACGUGGUGCUACUGUGUGAGAUGGUUACGAGGCGAGGUUGAAAGCUCCCACGAGGUGUUUGAACACUUGAAAAGGCCAAUGGCCCCUGACUCAACGCUGGUCACUCCGUGGGGACUAGAAGACGAUCUUCGUACAAGCGUUGAGAUUCUACGUCCCUCCACGGUAUUCACAGGGGAAAGAACUUCUGUAUGUGGGUUGAUCGAAUUCGUGCGACGAAGGUUGGGGACGUUACUUGGGUUGUCAAGUUUGAUAAGUGGCAGCGAACGGACGAAGAGCUGAAUUAUCGCUUGACAACCGCCGUGUGUUUCAAUAUAAGGUGGCGUUCUUAUCGCUUUGUUGGAGUUAUUCAGCUUUGCUUCAAGUUUUUGAGUGAGCAAAGGGCUCUCACCUCGAGAACUCGACAAGCUCUCUCGAUUCCAAGCUUGGCUCCUUCGGUUAUUCUUCUCCUCGUCGUCCCCUUUCAAGAUUUGGUUGCGCCAGCAAUCGGGAUUCCGACGAAACAAAACGCUCCAUAAGCGUGAUUUCCAGAAAGAAGCACAGGCGCCAGAAAAGUUUGAAGAGGCAUUCUAAACUUGACACCAUUUCCUCCAGGUAAUCCAAGCUUUCAGACAUGGUGAAGUUCCAGAAGCAGCUGGAGGGCCAGCUCGUCCCAGAGUGGGUGAAGUACUGCGACUACAAGCAGCUCAAGAAAGUUGUCAAGAGAAUCAAAAACCAGAUCCUACAUACCAAGAACCAGCAGCACAAGGUGUUCGAUCCAAAUGUCUUCUCGGUUGACAAGAGCAAGCUUCAAAACUUGCUGCAAGAUCCCAGCGCCAUCCUGAGCAGCUGCUGCGAACAAUCCAUAUCCUCGGAAACAUCCAUGGAUGUUCUGGACUGUAAAGACGAAACAAAACUCUUCAAUACGGUCAGGUUGUGCACAAGAGGAGAAUUGCAGAUGGCAAGGAUUUUUACGAGACGGAGCUGUUUGGAACUCGAUCGGAUCACGAAAAGAGCUUCUUUUUCGGCCUUGACGAUCAGCUCAACAAAGUGGACAAGUUUUUUAGAUGCAAGGAAGACGAGUACGAUGCUCAAGCACAGCAACUUCACAUCCAAAUGCAAGAGCUCAUCGUUAUGCAAGAUGACGAAUCUCAGAGCUUGAAGGGGAGCCCCGGUAACAAAGGAAAGGUUCAGCGAGCAGCCAAGAUGCUCCAGACGGCCUUUGUCGAAUUUUAUCGUGGGCUUCGACUCCUAAGAAACUUGAGCUCCUUGAACAUGAUGGCAUUCGUCAGGAUCCGCAAGAAAUAUGACAAGGUGACUGGAGUCUGGCAGUUACCUCAAGAUGGUCGAAAACUCUCACUUUGCAACGUCGGACAAGGUAGUAAAGUUUAUGGACCGCGUAGAGAGAGUGUUCACUCUGCACUUUACGAAAGGCAACCGAAAGCAAGCCAUGGCAUAUCUCAGGCCCAUACACUCUGCGAGCAAUCAUGGAAAUAUAAACUUUAUCCUGGAGAUUGUAAAAGGAAAGCACUCACCAUACCUCUGGGAAUAACUGUAAUCUAUUCAUUUAAUUUUCAGCUAGAACUUUCAGAGAUCACGGACCUUAUCCUUUCUUCUUGCUGCGCUCUUUGGAAGGUUUGGUAGCCUCCUCUUCG